AUGGCUGCCAAUGCAAAAAUCUCCACCAGUUCGGCCAAUCCAGUAAUGGCGCACACCUUGGCGUAUCUGGCGAUUGGCUACGGAGCUAUGAUUUUCUUAUUUUGGUUUUUCAAAGAUCUUCUCGGCCUCACGCAAGUCUACAACGAAGAUAAGAUGAAAUACGAAUUUGCUUGGCUGCCGAAGAAAGUAACGAUCGAUUAG